CCGAAUCGACUCAUAACGAGCUCUGACUCUGAACGGUGAAGAACGGAAAAUUCGUUUCCUCUGGCGAAAGCUCUCGGCAGUUUCACAGUUUGGUGGUGGUGUAGUUUAGUGAAAAGUGGUGAAAAUAGUCGCUUUGCUCUACUGUUGGAAGCAGGUUGCGGGUGCUGUGCGCUAGUGAAAUCGGUGAUCCAGAAGCCGGAACUCAGGAGAAAGAAAAUCUAUCCAAAACCACCUGAGGAAGCUCCGCAAAAGCUCGCAAUUACUGGACCAGCACGCGAGCGUUUCCGUCUGUGUGUGUGUGUGUGCGCGGACGUGUGCUCCUACCCGUUGUUUGUUAUUACUGUGUGUCCUGCUGAAUAUACAGCCGUGACCGUGCGUGUCAUUAAAUCCACCCACCGACGCCCACGAGGAACAGAUAGUGUGUGCAUAAAUCGAAGCAAGCACGAAGAUAAAGAUAGGAAAUUAGUCGACAGUUUUUCGCCCUCGUAAAUAGUUUCGGUUUCGUUUCCACGAGUAGUGUGCGAACAUACGUACCGGCGGCUCGGUUGAGAAGGGGAGAGAAAACGAGUGUUUUUUUUUUUCUAUUGGUAUUGGCACCGGUAUUGAAUUACAGUCGUGAUUACUAUCGAUAGGAGAUAGGGAAAUCAGCAGAAGGAAAAUAUAGACAGUACCGAACCGGUAGUGACACUGAGCCGGUAAGGACAAGUUCGAGGUCGCAGUGAAAGACAACAAAAAAUAGCAGCAAUCAUCGCGUGAGCAUUCGAAGGAAGCUACCAUAGAAGAAGGUCCCAACAACAACAGCAACAACAGACACUCAAUUCAACGCACAACCUAAUAGCACCAUGGCCCAGCAGAAAGUGCACAUCGAAAGGGCGCAGAACUUCAUGCGCCAGUAUCGGGAUCCGGAAUCGCGGGAACUGAAGAAGCUGUCCGCCAACCAGUUUAUGGACGUUUGGAGCCACUAUGAUCGGGACGGAAACGGAUACAUCGAGGGUACCGAGCUGGACGGUUUCCUCAAGGAGUUCGUUUCCAGUGCGAACGCGACCGAUCUGGGACCAGAGUCACUGACAGACGAGAUGCUGGUCGAGCUGAAGGCCUGCUUCAUGGAGGCGUACGAUGAUAAUCAGGACGGAAAAAUCGACAUCCGAGAGCUGGCCCAGCUGCUGCCGAUGGAGGAGAACUUUUUGCUACUGUUCCGAUUCGAUAACCCGCUGGAGUCGAGCGUGGAAUUUAUGAAGAUCUGGCGCGAGUACGAUUCGGACAACAGUGGCUACAUCGAGGCGGACGAGUUGAAGAAUUUCCUCCGCGACCUGCUGAAGGAAGCCAAGAAAAUUAAUGACGUGUCGGAAGAUAAAUUAAUUGAAUACACGGACACAAUGCUACGAGUGUUUGACGCCAACAAGGACGGUCGGCUGCAGCUGUCGGAAAUGGCCAAAUUGCUUCCCGUGAAGGAAAACUUUCUCUGCCGGCAAGUGUUCAAGGAAGGCAGAAUAGACGAAGAUGGUGCUGCCAAGCUCACGAAGGAGGACAUCGAAAAAGUAUUUUCGUUGUAUGACAGGGAUAACAACGGAGCGAUCGAAAAUGAGGAACUUCGAGGUUUUCUCAAGGAUCUGCUGGAGCUUGUGAAGAAGGACUACGACGCCCAGGACCUAAACGAGUUCGAAGAAACGAUCCUUCGGGGAGUAGGCUACGAUAAGGAUGGCAAAAUCUCCCGCAAGGAACUGACAAUGAUUCUGCUAGCACUGGCCAAACAGCCACCAGAGGACGAUCAGUAAUAUGGGGAUAGUACUUCUCUCGUUUUGCACCCGCAGCCACCCACGUCGUCCUCGCAUCGUCGCACAUCUCGAUCCGGAUCGUUAUCAUUCGUCUCCGGUAUGCAUCCCAUUUCCAAACUGCGAACGAUGAUAGGUUUAGGUGGCAGUGGCGGCGGCGACGGUGACGCGGGUUGCCAUAGUCAUCAACAACAUCAGCAACAUAAUCCACCAGUAGCAACGACCAGCACGGAGCAUCACUCGGAGCAGCUUCUGCCAAUAGUUGUCGUUCACGAACGAGUCAGAGGUUUGUACCGGAGACUCACGAAACGAAAUAAAAAACAGAGCAGUUUUCAAACACCAAAUUAGUGAAAAAGGCAGAAGGACGCUUCCGGUGGUUCCUGGCUGGACGGUAGAUCAACAAACAAGCUAACAAACAAUAAGCAAAUUUUUAGUAAGGAACACAAUUUGACAAAUUAGCGAACCGAUCGAGAAGUUUUUGUCCAGAUAGAAGAAAAAGAAAACAAGAUAAAAUGAACUGAUAACGCAUGUCGUUACUUUAAAACGAACAAAACCGUAAACAAACUGACAACGUCAGUGGGAUGCGAGUGAAGGUAGAGUGACACGUUUUCGGAUAUCGACGCAUCCUUAAACGCGUACACGAAAGAAAUGCACAAUUUAAUCCGUCUUAUGAAUAUUGUCUUUAUUUUUAAACGGCAUAGCUGACAACGCUGUUCCUCGCUUAACACCGAGGAACUAAAUAAACUCAAUCUUGAACAAAAAAGCGAGAACGAAUGAAUGAUGAACGAAUCGGAAACGGAAUGUUACCUUACGCAACCUAGCGGUAGUAAAUUUAUUUCUGAAAAUUUUCCACGAAAACUAAAUCGUUGCCUGCUAAUGUGGUAGCUUGUUUCCAUUUCAAUCUAACUCACUCCAGCGUUUCAAAAAUUUAUUAUCAAUAUGCUCAUGUUACUACCGAAGAUGUAUUUGUUUGCUUCUGGGAUUAGUCAAACCAAUUUGGAAUAUUCUGUGACCACCCGAUUAAGAUUCGAAGUCACAGGCAGUUCUCAGAAGCAAGCAAACCCUUCGUAUUCUACUGUAGAUAGACUUCUUCAAUUUGAUAUGCAUUGUACCGUUUCAAAUUAUUCCAGUUAUUCUAACUACAAAAAUCAUGGAGAAUUAAUGCCAGAUAUAUAUUAUGAAACAAUAAACUCUCAGGCCCAGAUAAAUAUUACAGCACGCAAAAUAAAUAAUAGAGAAGAGAUAAAACAAAGCUUCAUUAAACAAAACACAUUUAAAUGAACAGAAAAAAAUAUGAUAAACUAAAUGAUAAAGCAACACUGUACGCAAGCUAGUGAAGGAAAGUGGACGAAGCAAAAUUGCAACAACAUAUUAAUGUGGCCUAAUCGGAAACAACUGAAAAAUAUCUAUGUUAUAAACCCAUACCAACGAGAAAUCGAAUUAUUUGUUGUGAAUGUUUCCGGGACAUUUUUUCGUUUUUAUCAAAAAAAAAUCCCAUGCCAAACGAUAGAAGAAACCAAAACAUAUUCAAUCCAACUCAGAUAUCUCAAAAAAGAAAAGAAGUCGAUUUUAAAUUGCUUCAAACUUGUAACCUGAAUGUUAACCCGAUCGAGAUCAAAAUAAUAUCUUUGUAAAAUGCUAUUAACAAGCACUCGAACCCCGCCAUCAGCUAAUUGUUAAUUGUUCACCAGCAAACUUCCGCUUUUCGAUCCUAGGGAACAGACGCGAGAAGAGUGAUCUUCACCGCUUGAACGGUUUGAACCCAUUUAUCUCUUACUUCUCUAUCCGUACAUAGAAACGCAUAUUGUUACCCGAUAAUUCACUAAACAAGGAAUGGAUUUGCGAAGAAUAGUAACAUGAAAUUUUGCAUUGCAUUGCACCUAUCCGGCCAGUUGGAUGAUGAAAGCGAAGAUUGCGAAUAAGAAACAUUUAUGAAACAAAAAAAAAUAUAUCCCUCCUAAUCUUUAACUAUCUAUCACUGUUAUAUUGUUGUUGAAUGAAUAAUGCUGAUAAAAUAGAAAAUAAUGCAAACGAAGCUGUGGAAGGCAAAGGAAAGCUAUUUUUAACGGAAGUCAUUGCUGUUGUAAUAACUAUUGAAACUUUUAUUUAACUUGUUAACAACAAAAUAAAGAGAAAGGUUUAUUUUCAUAUAUACGCACUUGAAAUGUUGAUUGUCUACUACAUAAUUCGGUACAACUAUCACUGUCGUGGUUCAAUUACGCAGAAAAAAGAAGAAAAAUAGAAAAAAAUAUAUUUAAGUACGUUGUCGAUUUUUAAAUAUUUUUCCAACAGUAAUGAACCAAAUUUCUAGUCUAUAGCCAAGCGAAAAUGAUUGUUGACAUGUGCGAUUAAGAAGAAUAAAGGAUAUUGGAAAAGGCUUAAA